AUGGUGAUCGACGUUAGCACUUCAAAGAUCUCUUCUUCGUCUUGGUGGCGAAGAGGCAAAUUCAUAGGCAGAGGCUGCUUUGGCACGGUGAAUCUCGCCGUCAACAAAUCCGACGGCAAUCAUAUCUUCGCCGUCAAAUCCGUUGAUCGUGCCAAAUGUAUUCCACGUCAGCUCGAGUCGUUGGAAAACGAAAUUCAUAUCCUCCGUUCUGUCUCGUCGUCACCACACAUCGUGAGGUUCCUCGGCGAUGACGUGACCCGAGAAGGAACGAGCUCGUACCGGAAUAUGCAUCUGGAGUAUAUGCCACGUGGUACUCUCGCUGACGUGGCGGGUCAGGGCCUUGAGGAAAAUCUGAUCAGACGGUUCACGUGGUGUUUGGUCUCUGCGUUGAAGCACGUGCACACGUGCGGCUUCGUCCACUGCGAUGUGAAGGCAACAAACGUUCUUCUGGGAGAGGAUCCGGGUUCUGCCAAACUCGCGGAUUUCGGUUCGGGUAUAGAGAUUCGACCCGGAAAGGGAGACAGAACCGGGUACGAGGCUCGUAUGCUUCCACGUGGCAGUCCUCUGUGGAUGGCGCCGGAGGUUAUUCGUGGCGAGUUUCAAGGUCCCGAGAGCGACGUGUGGUCUCUUGGUUGUACGAUCGUCGAGAUGAUCACCGGAAAACCGCCUUGGGUUGACGACGGCGUUGAAGCUCUGAGAAUGAUCGGAUUCUCCGACGAAAUGCCGAAAUUGCCGGCGAGGUUAUCAGAAAUCGGCCGGGAUUUUCUCGGGAAGUGUCUGAGAAGAGAUCCGAGUGAGCGAUGGAGCUGCGAUCAGCUGUUGCAACACCCUUUCCUCUCGUCUUCUGCUUUACAGGCAUCUCCGAGGCAUGUAUUCGACUGGGUCGACUCGGUGUUCGAGGAAGAUGAAGAAGCAGUAGUGAGUGAGUCAGUGUCCGAGUCGCAUUCGAAUUUCGCCAUGGACAGGAUCGGUCAAUUAGCAACGAGCAGAGGGGUAAUUUGGGAAUCUAAUGGUUGGUUGUUCGAGGUUCGGAUUACGAAGUGGAGGAGACACGUCAGCUUGUUCCUGAUUUUUCAUGUACGGAACUUGCAACGGUCAGGACAAGUGCAUCGUGUUUUUAUUAUCCGACGUGGCAAAUAA